AUGCCUACGUUCAAGGACAUUCGGGCGAAGAAUGCCCAGUUCGCUGCGAGCGCGCGGGAGAACGCGGGCAAGCCACGCAUCCGAGCCUCCAAGGAGAACGUCGAGGCGGAUGGCGACGAGUCGCUCGAGGCCAAGAAGCAGACGCAGAGGCGAGGGCGCAACAUUGUGAAGCCGGCCAAGAAGGACCGCACGCCGCCAUCGGCGCUCAAGAACAACCGGGUGGCGCUGGCGCUCAUCUGCUUUGUCGUGAUCGGAGGUGUCUUUUUUGAACUCAUGCGACUGUUUCUAUAG